GCAGCCCCGCGGAUCCUGAGCUGGUCAACGUGGAGAUCGAGCCCUCCAAGGGGGCCCCGAUCGAUGGCCUCAGCCUGCCCAUCCCCAGCAAGCUGGGCAAGGAGGAGCCAGGCCCAGACCUUGAGCUGGAACCUCCCAGCACGUGGACGGUGACCUCGCCGGAGGAGGAACUCCUGAUGCUCUCAGCCAGGAAGGUCUCCGUGGUAUCGGUGCUGAUCUCGCUGGUACUCGCCAUCCUGGGCUUCGGCAUCGGCUUCUCAGAGAAUGUGCUGUCGGUGAUCGGCUUCGGCAUGGAGGUGCCAUUUCGCCCUCCGACGGAUGGCGGCAAGCUCUACUCGGAGGCUGCCUCCGAGGCCCUGAGGCUCAUGAAGGAAUGCAGCCAAGUUCCAUGCUACUCGCACCCGGGCGACCUCCAGGGCGCCUUCACCUCACAAGGGUGGCCCGUCCGUGACAUGACCGCGUUCAGCGAAUACGGGCUGGGCGUGGCCACAGAGCUCAUGAAGGCAGGCCUCCGGGGAGAGUGGCCGACGGAAGCUUCUCAGCCGCAGUUUCCCUCGGCGUCCUCGCCAGCGGAAGCUCGCGAGCAGCUCAUCCUUCUUCGGGCGAGGAGUCCUGAGGACGCCGGCCACGAGAUCUUCCACAAGCAUGCCGAGAAGGCCUACAUGGCGCUGUUGAGACCCAGCGCCUUCUGGGAGGAGGAUGUCGAGAAUCCGAGUGGCGAGGAGAGGCGCUACGGUUUUGUGACUUUUGUGGGCUGGAGGAAGCCGGAUCUCUCCGGUGCUGCGGAGCUCUGGAAAGUCGAGGAAGGGCUCAUGAAAGAUCUCCAAGGGCAGAAGGACAUCCAUUUCUACAUCGUCCUUCCUCUUCCUGACGGCGUCAAUUACGUCAACAUUGUCGUUGGAAGGCCGCUAAAGGACGGCGAGACCCCGAUGACCUUGAUGGGGACCUCGAAAUGGCACCAGAGGGCUGUCGCAAGAGCGGCCCCCGUGAGCUACUCAUGGGUGAGAAUUCACAGCGGCUCUUUCACGGGAAACGUUCUGCGAAAGACCGGGGUCAUCCACUUGCAGCGAACGCUCGCCGUCGACUUCGGCGUGGGGCUGCCGGCGCUGGCGAAGGACGAAGACCCGAGAGCUCCUUUGGAUGCUCACACCUUGAAGGCUGUGGGCUCCUCCUGCCCGUACGGCGGCUUUGGCAUCCGUUGGAGGUAUGCCCUGCCCAGGGAUGAAUUCUACGAUGCUUUUCCCGCCUCCAGCGGCAAGAACCAAACUUGGAUGCAAGACCCUCCGCCUUCUUCCGUACCGAAGCAGGCGCCGGGAAGAUACCUCUACGAUUCUUUCACGCGAGCCGAGACUUUCGCGGAACCCACUCCAGACAACCAGCAGGGCUGGAUUGACGAGGUUCUCCUCCCCAGAGCUGCCUUUGGGAGUUUGGGGUCCUCAGGUGGCGGCAUUCGUUGCACCUCCUAUCUAGGUCACAACGCGCAAGCAUUCUACAAGAAGCUCUUUGCCCUACUGGGCAAGCAAACCGGCCUCCCCCUCGAGUGGUGUGAGCCAAGCUUCGAACGAACUCCUUGGGAGAACCUCGUGGGCGCGGGAGGUGAUGGUGGAGCUGCAUCGGUCGAUGUCGCGUUCAUGUGCGGCGCGAUGUUCUCCAUGGCCAGCUUCGCCGCAUCGACGGAGGCGCGACUGGCAACUUCUGUCAUCGCAGCUCCGUUGAGGAGUCGCAGCCACGUGCUCGCACCACACCGGCAGGUCGUGGAACAGGGGGGGUAUGAUCCUAAAGCUGUCCCCGACAUGCACGAAACGACGCAGACCCUGCCGGCAUACCAGUGUGUGCUGGUCGGCAGGAAGGGCGUCAGCGUUCUCUUGGCUGCCGGAGGCAGCCCGGAGUCGAUGGCGAGCGCUUUGGCUUCCAUGAAGCUGGGCAUCAACGAGCCAAACAGCUGGAGCGGCUGCCGGGCUCUUGAGUCUUUCCUCUACGACCACGUCGUGCGAAAGCUGGGCUCUCCCAUGGACUCCAAGAAGAGCCCGCUGAACCAGCUCUUUCAGGCCGUCUUGCAAACUGGGUCCCACAAAGCAUCGAUCUCAGCUUUGAGAGAGGGCCGCAUCGAUCUGGCAAGUCUUGAUAGCCACGUCCUUGACACUGAGCUGCAGAUGAAUCCCGGCCUCCUGAACGACAUCGAACUCCUCCCACAUGCGCUGGGAGGAGGCCUCGACGUGCUCUGGCCCGCGCCGCCACUCGUGGUGUCCCGUUCGCGCCUGUCGCCCUGGACGAUUGCUCUGCUCAGUCGGAGUCUUCUCUGCCUCGGCCACCACGAGGAGGGCAGGGCGCUCCUAGAAGAGGCGGGCUUCAAGGCCUUUCAGCGCGUGACCGCUGCAGCAUACCGGAGCUUCUCCACAGUCUUGUCUCCCCAUCCCUGA